CAUGAGCUGGCACAUUCGUGCCAAGUCAAUGCUCCCAAACAGAUAGUUGAUACAACUAUUAAACCUUGUAUGUCUACAGCGGAUGCAAUUAGAUCUGAUGUAAACCAGGGGUCAAGUGUGGGGGCAUCGCCACUUCAUAGCAAAACUCAGCACGAAUGCACCAAAAAAACAUAUAAUAAAAUUUGCGUGAAUAAAAUUCACGGAAAACUUGUUCAGAAUUCGGAUCUAUCAACUGUUGCUAUCAGCUCCAGUUUUGUUACACUUCAUGAAUCAGAACAGAGUGAUGAACUUAUUCCCCUUCUAGAGAAAAAUUUGAUUGUCGAACAAGAGUUAAUGCAACAGCUUUCUUUGAUUAUUGGCGGAGCCAGCACAGCUGAAAAUAAAGUAAUGGUCGGAAAUACAGAUUCACAGAUUCUUGAUCAAUCUUCAGUUUCAGCGCAAAGCAUAGUUCAUAUGUUUCGAGAGGCCAUUCGAUCAGGUCAAAAUGCUAUUUUAUGUUGGUACCAUUUCGCGGAAAAAUAUGACAAGAGAAUAGAUGAGGUAUCUGUUGAUAAGAAAGUCGAGAUGUGA